AUGUACCCUGUUACGGGCCUUUUCUUGGCUAGCACGGCCCAUUUUUGUAUUAUUGGAUGUAUAUUUUGGAAUAUUGUAAGCCUUUUUUUGUCAUCACAUAUGUAUAAUACAUGUAUAUACAUGUGUACUGUAUAACAUAAUUUAAGGAAGACCAUGUCCAAUCCUCGAUUGGAGAGCGUUAUAUUGGAACGGAGGGGGAGCAGAACACCAGGGGCUCUCUGAUCCUUUGCCUGACCAUCACUAUCUGCCUCUUGGCUGCAGAAAUUUUAUUCAAGUUUCGGCAAAUCUUGAGCGAAAAGCAAAUCUUCUUCGCACUGGUGUCCCAUACAAUCUGCUGUUUAGUUUUGCUCAAAUUCGUGGUUGAUUUGCAUGUGGUGUCCCAUUUUUGGUACCUCUUAAUCUUCGGCAGUGGACCUACUGUUGUUUUGGAGUUAUAUGUUUUUAUGUCCAGUUAUAAACGAGGCAUUGUCUGA